AUGGCGGAGAAAGUAGGGAAGACGACUGCCGUGGGGACUAAAUCCAUGCCCAUGAAAUUAUUUGCUACAUGGGAAGUGGAAAAAACAUCCCCAAACUGUAUACCAAGAUUGUGCUCCCUCACACUAAACCGUCUGAUCGUGUUAAAGCCACUGGAAAAUGAAAACCAUUCAUUAAUUAUCGCUGUCAAAAUGCAGAACUCCAAGAGAACACUUCGCUCCAACGAAAUAAGUAUGCCAUCAUCAGGUCUUCUGGAUGUGGAAUUAGAUUUAGCCUUUUCUCUACAGUAUCCACAUUUUCUGAAGCGAGAUGGAAACAAACUCCAUGUAAUGUUACAGAGACGGAAAAAGUAUAAAAAUAAAACCAUCCUAGGCUACAAGACAUUGGCUGUGGGUCAGAUUAAUAUGGGACAGGUUCUACAGAGAUCAAUAGAUAAGGAUCUUAACCUAUUCAGCGAUACCAAAGACAACAGUACAGUGCUAGUGGCCAAAUUGACAAUGGUGACAGUGUCAAGUCAACCGGUGGACCAUGUAGAGAGUGACCAGAGAAAAGCCAUUUCAUCUGAUGUUGAUCGUUCUCCUGAUGUUGAUAACGACAGCGAUGAUGAUUACCCAGACCAUGAAGAGUGGUCAAAUGAUGGUUUCAGUGAUUGUGAUAACACACUGAUGGAGGAUGAUGGACGUACUCGGCCUAGGAAAGUUAGUCGGGGUAAUAUACGACCUGUGCCUCGUGGACGACUACAGAGAAACAUAAAACAGAGAUUUAUUGCAUUGCUGAAGAAGUUCAAAGCAUCAGAGGAUGGCCUGGAUUCUGAGGCAGACCAUGAACUCUGUGAUCCUGAUGUAAACCCAGACCCUGCUGAUGCUGAUGACAUUGAGGACUUGAUUGAUGAGUUAGAGGAUCUAAGUGACAGUGGAGCAGAGCCAGAGUUAGAUACUGUCAGUGUGGUGUCUACACCAAAACCCAGACUCAGGCCAUUCUUUACUCGCAAUGGAUUUGAUGCUUCUGAAUCAAGUAGAGAAAGUGGUAAACUCAGUGACGACAACAGUUCUCGGAAAAAUGACUCCGACAGUUUAGCUGAAUGUGUGCAGCCCUUGAUUCAGGGAAGCCAAGAGAAAGCUGCGCCAUGCGAGGACCGCGAUACUGACCCGGACCAGGUUGAAUCGCACGGCAAGCCCAAAUCUCCAAAACUGAAACCCAAGAUGUCUCGCAUGCGGAGCCGCUCAUACCGAGAAAAACAAGCCAAGAAGGAUGUGAAACAGCUUGUGCGACGCAAUAGCACUGGAGUGGUUGAGGGUUCGCCGAGGAAAGCAUUACUUGAUCAGUUGAGUGCUGUCCUGGGAGGAUCAGAUGACCUUUUACCAGAGAAUGUAGUACUGGUCAACACAGUGGAAUGGCAGGGGCAGUUGAUGGUGCAGAAACUCCAGGAGAAACAGCUAAAGGUGAUCUGUACAUGUGGAGAUGCUGACGUCAAGGCAGCUAUGAGCUUUUUGGUCACAAAAAUCCAGAAAUUUUGUAACAGUAACUCUAAAAGUCCACAACCUGUGAAGGUGGGCAUUGCUGGGGGCGAUGGCUACAUCAAUUCCGUACUACGACCAUAUGUAGAACAGUUCUCCGCCAAACCUCAUGACUGGCAGAACUACGUACGCUUUCUAGUCAUACCAUUUGGUGCAAGUUGUAUAGGUAAACAUCUUGGAGCCCUGGAUAACACCUACAGUUCCCUGUUCCUCGACUCCCUGUGGAAGGAUACAUUUGAGAAGCCAGAGAUCUCUAAGCUAGAUUCUCAGGAAAUUCUGAAUCGGGUGUCAAAGUACCUGAGUAAUGCCAACGGACUGUUACAAAUCCCAAUCUCUGAAGCAAUGGUCAUGUGUCGUGGUAGGAGCUCUGAUGAUGAGUCUUCUCAGAUGUUUCUACCUUUCCUGAGUGAAGUGAAAAUUGGAAAUCCGGAAAUGUUAAAUGCAUCAGUGGACCUGGAUGACACAAGUUGUAUGGUGAACUCUCCCUCUUUGUCCAGCUCACCUCCCUCUGCCAUGAUUCUACUAGAUAAGCCAAAGGAGACACAGACCCCUCCCAGCUCUCCCAGUGUCAACCUCACCCUUUCCAACCAGAGUCAGGGAAGCACCAGUAGCCCGUCUGGUCUGGGAGAGCUUAUGGAGCUACAGGUUGAUUACUGGACAGCCACCAACAAACCUGACAGCUCAGAAAAAACAGACAAAGCCAGUAAAAAGGACAGCAAUAAGUCCUCCCUCAAAAGUACCUUCCGAUCCCUCCAGGUCCAACGAGUCACACAGCCACCCAUUUCACCUGGCGACAGCCAAUCAGCAUGCUUCUCGAUGGUCGUGGUUACCAGGGAGAAAAAGCAAAAGAUCAUGAGGCUUGGUAAGAAGGCCAAGGAGAUUGAGUCGAAAAGCCAGGUUGUGGAGGGAAUCAAUAGACUUAUAUGUACAUCCAAAAGUCAGAAUUAUUCACUCAGAGUGAUGGUGGACGGUACAGAGUGGAGAGGAAUCAAGUUCUUCCAGUUAUCGUCACAAUGGCAAACACAUAUCAAAUCGUUCCCUGUGGUUGUCUUCUGUAAUGCUGAGAUCCUUUGA